AUGGGUAGAGCCAGCCAGGAGGCCGUUCAGCCUUCCUCCCCUGAGAUCAUUCGCCAGUCUGAAGAGAAGGGUCAAGAUGCCACCCAGGUCGAGCGCACCUUGUCUGGUGCUGACGCCAAAGGCGACCACGUCAACUACGACCGUAUCGACAACGAAAUCGCCGAGUAUGCCGAUGCCACCGGCGCUAUUGUCAUUACAGAGGAAGAGAACAAGCGCCUGAAGAGGCUUAUCGACAGACGCGUCCUGCCCAUCAUGGUGGUGACCUACUUCCUCCAGGCGCUGGACAAGGGAACCAUGUCCUUCAGCUCCAUCAUGGGUAUCCGUGAUGACAUCCCAAUCCUCAAGCAAAACUACUACAUUGCCGUUCUGAUUGUUGAAUACCCGACCAACUGGUUGAUCCAACGUGUGCCUGUCGCCAAAUACCUCAGCUUCAACAUUCUGGCAUGGAGUGUUGUGCUUUGCUGCCACGCCGCAUGCUUCAGCUAUCCGGCUCUGAUCACCUGCCGAACUCUGCUUGGAAUUUUCGAGGCUGUUUGCCAGCCCGCCUUCCUGAUCAUGAGUUCGAUCUGGUACAAGCGCUCGGAGCAGGCCCAGGUUGUCACCUACUGGUACAUGAUGAACGGCAUGCAGCAGAUCUGCGGUGGUCUGUUGGCCUACGCCUUCUCCCACAUUAGGCAUCCCAGCUUCCAGGACGGUAACCCGCCGGGCAACGCCGCCAUUCGCUCGUGGCAAGCAAUCUUCAUCACCUAUGGCAGCGCGUCUUUCCUCUGGGGCCUGUACGUCCUUUGGACUCUGCCCGACAGCCCCAUGCGUGCCAAGUGCUUCUCGGAAGAGGACAAGAAGCUCAUGGUUGAGCGUGUUCGUUCCAACCAGACGGGUCUGCAGAACAAGACGUUCCGUGCCUACCAGGUCAAGGAGGCUUUCACCGACCCUCAGACGUACUGCUACAUGCUCAUCCAGAUCUGCACGACUCUCCCCACAUCUGGACUCGGCGCCUUCUACAACAUUAUCCUCAAGGGCUUGAACUUCUCGCUUCUCCAGACCCAGCUUCUGGCCAUGGUUCUGGGUGCUAUCAUCAUCUUCACACUGAUGACCUCGGCUUGGGCAACCAAGAAAUGGAACCAGAAUCUGAUCACCAUGGCCGUCUUCCUAAUCCCAUCGUUCAUUGGUACGAUUGUUAUCAUGACUGUGCCGAACAAGAACGAGUCUACCAAGGCUGGUCUCCUGAUCAGCUACUGGAUCGUCUUCACUUUCUGGGCUGCGCAGGGUCUCGGCAUGUCCAUGCUGACGCGAAACGUCGGAGGGCAGACCAAGAAGUCUGUCUGCAUUACGCUGAACUUCUUGGCUUGGUGCGCGGGUAACGCUGCGGGCCCGCAGGUCUUCUUCGACGGUGACGCGCCCCGCUACAUCAAGGCGCUGACGAUUCACCUCGUCUGCUACUCCGUCCUGGUUGGCGUCAUUGUGUUCCUUCGCUGGAACCUGGUCUGGCGCAACAAGAAGAAGGACAGGAAGUACGGUGCUGAGAUUGACACCACCCACGGCUUCGAUGAUUUGACGGACCAGGAGAACAAGAACUUCCGCUACAUCUACUAA